AUGUCGUCGACUUCUAGUAUCAGUGUGAGCGAUAGUCUGCCCAGUAGUUUUAUAACGCCUAUAAACCCCACACCGUCGCCUAAUUCAUUUGUUGGCAACACCUCUUCAACAGUUUUAUUCUUUUUAGCUUUAGCAGUUGGAGUUUUCAUUGCUAUAUUAUUUAUAUUUUUCACCAUAAGAUAUUUUGUAAGGUCAAAAUAUGGCUUACUUAUAUAUCCGAUGUCACAAAGGGGGUUAUUAUUAUCUUCACCAUCUCAAGUUCCGAACACUAAUUUUGGACCUGGAGCAGAUUCUGAUUUACAAGAUCAUCUUAAUUAUAUAAGGGAAAACAUGUAUGUUCGAGGAGAACCGUUUGAACGAAGUAUGACCGAACGUAGGCUAAGAAGAAGAAGAAGACAUAGAAGAAGAAGAGGAGGAAGAUAUGCCAGGAUGAAAAAAUUAACCGAAGAACAAGUUCAACUUUUGUUUCCAAAGCAAACAUAUCAUUUAUGGUUGAAUGGAGGACAAGCUGCCGAUCAUGAGAAUAGAGGCGGUGUCUUGCAAGAAGAACAAGCGUUGAGAAGAGAUGGGAAACCAAAUGAUACCGAUUCAAGUAUUGAACCGAUGAACUCAUCACCAACGACAAAUGAUGAAGAUGAAGAUGUUAUUCAUAUAGAUGAGUAUCAACAAUUGGAAUUAGAACGAACAAAAUCCAAUAUUAAUACAGAAACGAUAACAUCUACCAAGACAAAUUCAAAUGAUAUUAAUAAUAGACCAAUUCUGUUCCCAACUCCAGAUAUUGAAUUAAAUGAUUUAAAUAUCGAAGAGGGAACAUCUUCUGCAUUAGGGAAUGAAUUACAUUUCACAUCUGGAUCUUGUGCUAUUUGUCUUGAUUUACUUGAAGAUGAAAGUCUUGUACGUGGACUUGUUUGUGGGCAUGUUUUCCAUUCGGAUUGUUUGGAUCCUUGGUUAACUAAAAGAAGAGCAUGUUGUCCAAUGUGUAAACGAGAUUAUUUCUAUAAAGAUGAGAAUAAUAAUAGUCUUAAUAGAAGUCAAAAUGAACCAUCAAACCCAGAAGAACCAUCAAAUUCAGGAGAACUUCCAGAUGGAGAACAAGAAAGUGAUGAUGAUACUUUCAGUCUUGACUUUGAUUCAGUUAGGAAUGAUCCAACUCUUAGAGCGAUGUUGAGAGAAUUAAUCCCAGUAAAUGAAAGAGUUAGAUUGAUAUUACAAAAUCCUGAAGUUCAAGCAACAAACAUUGAAACUGAAGCUAAAUCAAUGGUUGAGAAGAAGUUUUCAAAUUUUUUAAAGAAAACUUGGUGGAAAGUUAUGGGUAUAUCAAGAGAAAAUCUAUUCAAUUGGGCUGUUUUAUUAUUAUACAAAAAAUUUAGAGCAAAUCAAAUGGAACAAUCAGCUCAAUCUGAAUCACCAUUACAACAAGAACAACAGCCAACAGUUGUGGCUGAGGAUGAACCACCGACCGCCGCCGUGCAAGAUGGCACUACAAAUAACAAUAACAAUCGUUCUUCUAUGGAUCUGGUACCUGUAAAUGAACAAUUGGAGCUGAGAGAUAUCGUGGAUCAGAGAGUAUAA